GAGAUGAAGAAGAAAUUCAAAAUCACAGGACAGGAGGAUGCCAUGUACCGGGCAAAAGUAACCGUAACGACCAAGGGACGUAAGAAUGAUCUGCCCGUCAAGAGCGGUGACAACAUCAGCAUCAUCCGAACAACCAACUGUCCCAAAGGCAAAUGGCUGGCCAGGGACAGCAGCAACAACUAUGGGUAUGUUGCAGUGGACCACGUGGAGCUGGACAUCAAGGAGAUGUUGGAGCUGGGGAAGAAAGCUACAAACAACCGCAACAGCAAUGUUUUCGAGGCAGAGCCUAUCAGCAUGGGGAUCAGGGACUCGGAGCACUAUCCACCGUCAGAAGAAAGUUUCACAGAUGAUAGUGAGGAGUGGACCGUAGACGACGACGAACCUCUCUCCCCCCUCCCUGACACUGCAAAUCCACUGGCUCCAAUGGGUCACACCAGGACAUUCUCAAUGCCAGACAUGGGAAAUAAAGAUCUUAGUAUAAACCAUCAGCACAGUCGCAGUGAUAUCUACACAGAUGGCUCCUACGUGCAAACAAAAAAUGAAGCACUUCAGAAGUUGUCCACAUUUUUCCAUUCACCCAAACCUGUGGAGCCAGCAGCCAGCACUGAACCAGAGACAAGUCCUGUGCUUGUGAAUGAAGAAUCAGUUCACCCGCCUGAAGCGAGCUCAACACAGGAAGUAGCUUUUGAUCAAACAGAUAUGAUCAUUUUACCUCCUCCUGACCUAUAUGCUGACCUGACCAUGGAGUAAUUAUCAUAAAACAAGCAGAACAAAAAGCAGCCGAGGCAGAGGAAACAGGAUUUUCCCUCUGUUAUUUUUCAAGCUGUGACCUGUGCCAGUCACCUAAUACUGUGACGGCAACUUCAUGUUCUUCAUUGUGACCUUAUUUACGUGGCGACUGUGUGUGUGGAUCAGUAUGAUGAUUUACAAGAGGAGCAAGAUAAGUGGAUUUUCUCCACAAGCGAAACACCAUCUCAGCAACCAGAACUUUUUUGUGAAGCACUCUGUUAAACCAGUGAGGGACAGUUUGCCUGGUGGCUCUGAGUGACUUUGAACCUUGGACCAAGGACUGCUGAUCCCAGGAAAGGACUUGCAAACUGUUUCAGACACACAGAAGCUUUCUGGGUACUGUGACCUUGGAGGUUCUUACAAGGAAAAUUACAUAAUUUCCAUGCAAAUACCAGAAAUAUAGAUUUUUCUCACACCAGGUAUUUUUCCAGUUGAGACACCACCUUGAGGAUCUUGGUCUACAUGCAGCAGUUUCAAGGGUUGGAUGAAAUGAAUGUCCUACACACUUGUUACCAGUUUACAGUGUUGGUAGCAAAUGAAUAAAUAGCAAUAUAUCUAAUAAACUUCAAAUGAACAAAGAUUUAAUCAAUUUUUAGGUUUGGUCAUCAGCAAUAAUUAAGUCUCUGUGUGGCCACCUGAACCCCACAAGGGAUAUAUUUUCAUUCAUUUCAUGCUCUGUCCUCUUCUACAUGUGCAUCUAUAGGACUGAUUAACAUUGUUUUCAUGGCCAAUUCUAAAUAUUUACUUGAUAUUGGUCAGUUUUUUG